AUGGCUCUUUACCCAACAACAUCUUCACCUGCAAGUACCGCUUUCAUUCAUGGAUCACUUGCAGCUUUGGAACAACAAGAUCAUACCAUCAACCCUACUAUCGAUGACACAAAAGAACAACCAUGUCGUAUCACAACAUCAACUCCCGAUAGCAGUGCCUCGUCCUUGUGUUCAUCCUCUAGCAGUGAAUGCUCGUUAGAGAUGAACAUUAACAACAACAACUGCUUGGAAGAAGCAUCAUCCAACCAACAAGAGAAUGGUCACAACAAUGAGCAACAACAAGUGUCAGGUGGCUCGCGUCACGAGUGCAGCACUCCUCCUUUGUUGCCAACAACAGCAGAUGCAGCUGCACUAUGCUGGGAAGUGUUAUUGUAUUCCUAUUGCUCACAAUGGCUACUUCCACCCUUGGUCAAGGACGACGUGUUUUUGGGGCCACCCAUUAAUGACAAUGAAUCAGUCAUGACGGCAAGUAGUAGUGCGAGUAGCAUUAUAGCUUCAAACAAGAACCCGGCACCCACACCAUCACCUCCUUGCUUAUCCCCUGUAUCAGCUCCGGCGGAAUUCCUGUGGAACCACGAGCCGCUUUUUGACGGCAUUGAUGAUCUGCAGCACCAACAACCACCAUCCGAUAAUGAAAACAAAAAUAAUGGGUCAUCAUCAUCAUCAUCAUCUACUCCACCACCUCCUUCAAUACCCACACCAUCCACCAUGGAUGAUGAUAUCAGCAUGCCAUCACCUUCCUCUAUUUGUGAAGCUGACGACAUCAGCUUCUUUGAUGACGAUGAAGAGGAGAAUAAUAAUAAUGUGCCACGCCUAUCUUUAAAGCGUCAACGUUCCGAAAAUGAGGCAUCGCCAUCACCAACACCACCGCCACGCAAGAGUACUCGUUCCAACAAACCAACACCCUCACAUCAAGCCACCACAACAAGUAAACGACGUACCAAACGAUAUGCUGGAAGACGUUCACGAAGCAAGCCCAUCAAAGUGAUUGCACCUUACCACGAGCCGCAGGACGGUGAUGAAUAUCUUACGGUAUUUGAACGAUUAACACAAGCGGGGAUCGAUUGGUGCCGCUACUGUGGAACCACAGAGGGCGUUAACUGGCGUCCUGGACCAUGGGGCAAACGUACAUUGUGCAACAAACAUGGAUGUGACUAUAAGGGCUAUGGUAUUGCAAGUCGAUUGCCACGACUUGAUCUUUCAGCCUUUGCCAACGAGCACCUUGAGGAGCGUAAGCGACCUGUUGUUCAGCAAUUCUGUAUCGUUUGUCAUAGUCCAGAAUCCGUUGUUGGAAAUAAGCUUGUUGCUUGUGAAGGAGGAUGUUCACGCGCAUACCAUCAGCAUUGUCGUAUCCCUUCCAUCCCCAACACAGCAUGUCAUGAUCAGCAAUGGUGUUGUAGCACUUUGUGUCGUGAAAACCGCAAACGUAACAAGGUUGGGCCGUACGACGCGUGA